AUGAGCGGGAGUGCUUCCCUACCUGAGGACGAUUUCACUCAAUUGCUUCGGAGCCUUCAGGAAGACGAGGAAUUGCGAGAACUAGUUGCAGGAGGAGAUGGCCCCAAUUAUGAGAGAGCACUUGUCGACGAUGAGAAUGUUUCAAGGGAUGUGGGCGGGAUCGGUGUUGACACAGCUGGCAGCAAUGGUGGGUCGGUGUCUUGGCUCUUCGAUGUCCCCACGGGUAACCUUGACUUCCUUGCAGAAGAAAACACUGCCAGCUCGGAUCUAGGGUGCCAAGCAACUGGCAAUCAUGGUUGUCUGGUCGAGCAAGAGCAUGCACCAGAGAUUGGUCAUCUCUCCAAGCCGGUGCUUGGCAUCAACAACCAAGUGAUAGUGGAUAAGAAUCUGGGGGUCCUCCUCUUACGGGAGGACCGUAAUGAGGGACCUGGGAGAACGGGAAACGAUGGCCAUACUUUGAAGCGGUCUCGUAGCUUGUCUGCGAGGGACCCUUGGGUUGAGAAAGAGGGUUCUGAUGUGGAUCAAGGGGGGCAAGCAAUGGGCUUUAGUGCGGAUUUGCCAGAGAAAGAGCAUUUGACAGGGAUUAGUGCUCGCUCCCGGAAGUCACUUGACAGCGGUGUGUUUCGGUCGGAAAUUCCAAGGACGGAUGGUGAUGACUUCAAGGGCUUGAGAGACUCUGAGAUUUUGGAGAGUGUGGAAAUGGCUCCGACUGGAGAAACAGCAGGCAAUGAUGCGUGUCCGCUUGGGGGAGGACAGUUUGGUGGGGUUGGCUCUACUACCCAUGAUCUUGAGUGCACUUCCAUGGAGAAGAUGCCUGACCUGAUUAGCAAGUUGAAACCAAGGGGGCCAAAUGUUCCAUUCGAAGUCAAAGCAGCAGUGCAAUGCGCGAGCGCAUACCUUGAGAAAAUGAAUUGCUCGUUCUUUAUCUGCAUCAAUGGAGAAGUUGAAGUGUCGCCCUCCCUUGAAGCACACAAAGAAGGUUUUGCAACAUUCUUCAGGGAAGCAGAAUUUACAAGUGAAGAGUUGGAGGCCAUCCAAGCUCAUAGAUUGAAGGUGCCAUUUUCGGCGAGAGGCGUUUCCAAGAAUGAUGUGAGCGCAAUCCUGGCAGCCCUUAUGCAGGAGAUGGAAAAGCUCAACAGCCCCACUGUAGAGCUAUCAAGGGACCCCUGUUGGUGGCCACGCGGGUUCAGUUACGGAAAACGGGCACGAGAACAAAGUCGGGAAGACGCUACUGUAAUCAUCGAUCAUAUUCUGUCACAUCUCACUGGUACAAUCUACUCGGACCAUCACCUCCAAAAAAUUAAGGAGGGGCUCUCAGCGAACUUCAACACGAAGAGUACGCUUGGGUUGAAAGCACGGGGGUUGAUCACGGCAGCACUCAUUUCGCUCAUCAGGGAGAAGGAACGGAGCAGGGAGUCAUCGAAGCAGCGACGGAUGCGAUCAACCGCGCGGACGAUCUCUCAAUGUGCUCCGCCGCAGAUGUCGCGGCAGAGGUCUCCGGAAUCUCCGUUGGCAUAUGUCUCGCGGGCGCAUCCGUUUGAUCCGUAUACGAGUGAUUCGUUGGCGUAUCACCACCAUCGGGUGCCCUCGUACAAGCCACCUUCUGUGGACCGCCUCUUCAUUGGAAAUGAAGGUCCCGGUUGGCAACGCGAGACUUGUGUGUUGCAAAUGGCAAUCUGCCUGAAGGGAUUGAAGUUUUUCGGGAGCCCCGAGGAGCUCGAUUAUUCAAAGCUCUGCAACACGAUCUAUGAGUUCCAAGCCCAGAAGUUCUCCUACAUUAAAUUACUCGACAGCACCCUUUAG